CAGUCCUCCCUCCUCCAUGGACGCCCUGGAGCUCGCCGUGGCGCCCACCUUUCGCAUUCAUCUAUAAACCGUCGUCACCCGUCGCACGACAACGAGGACCAUGAAGACGAUGACGACCGUGAAGGACGCUCACCUCAUUCUUCUUCUUCUUCGUCUUCUUCUUCUUGUCGUUAUCUUUUUCAGCAGGGAUGUCUUAGCUCUCGCGACGCCGUCCAACCAGACCAGGCCAGCUGUGACUUCGCUCAAGCUCGCUAGGAUUCAACGUCACUUGGAGAAGAUCAACAAAGCCGGAGUUAGAAGCAUCGAGAGUCCUGAUGGAGAUACCAUCGACUGCGUUCCUCGGCACCGGCAGCCGGCGCUGGAUCACCCGCUGCUGAAGGAUCACAAGAUCCAGAGAGCGGCGGAGAGGCCGAAGGCAGCGAGCUCCGGCGGGAGCGCCGCGUCGCGGAGGGCGUGGCAGGCGUGGCACCACGCCGGGCACUGCCCGCGCGGGACCGUCCCGAUACGCCGGAGCCGCGUCGACGAUGCUCUGAGAGCCAAAUCGCUGUUUCACUUCGGGAAGAAGCCGGCGGCGCCGCCUCUCGCGCGGAGGGCCGAUGCGCCUGAUGUGGUCAGCGGCAACGGCCACGAGCACGCAAUAGCUUACACGGACACAGUGGACGGAAAUGGAGAGUUCUACGGGGCCAAGGCGACCAUCAACGUUUGGGAUCCGUCCGUCCAAGGAAACAACGAGUUCAGCCUCUCCCAGAUCUGGAUUCUCUCGGGGUCAUUCGACGGCUCAGAUCUCAACAGCAUUGAAGCCGGUUGGCAGGUCAGCCCCGAGCUCUAUGGAGACAGCCGGCCGAGGCUCUUCACCUACUGGACAAAUGAUGCUUAUCAAGCCACUGGGUGCUACAAUCUCCUCUGUUCAGGGUUUGUGCAGACUAAUAAUAAGAUUGCUAUUGGAGCUUCGAUUUCCCCUGUUUCUUCCUUCAAUGGCAGUCAAUACGAUAUCACAAUCCUCAUUUGGAAGGACCCGAAGUUGGGGAACUGGUGGAUGGGGUUGGGUGACGGGGCGCUGGUGGGGUACUGGCCGGCGGAGCUGUUCAGCCACCUGUCGGAGCACGCGACGAUGGUGGAGUGGGGCGGCGAGGUGGUGAACUUGAGGCCGGACGGUGCGCACACCGCCACCCAGAUGGGCUCCGGCGGCUUCGCUGCCGCGGGGUUCGCCCGGGCCAGCUACUUCCGAAACCUCGAGGUGGUCGACGCCGACAACACCCUUGCCUCCGCCGGCGCCGUCGCCACGCUCGCCGAGAACUCCAACUGCUACGACAUCAGGAGUUUCGCGGGAGCCGGAGACGACGACGACGACGCGCACGAUGGAUGGGGGACCCACUUCUACUUCGGUGGUCCCGGUAACGGGCCCCGCUGCCCGUGAUUGGUUAACCAUCAUUUUAGUGUUUUUAAUUUUGGAUAUAUGUAUAAAAAAAAUUAUCUCUCUAGAUAUUUCGUGCAUGUUUUGU